CACUGACGGGAACGUGCUUGCUGUGUUGUGAUACAACCUGGGAAGAAGAGCAAGUGAUGAAACCUGCAGUUAAUUUAACGAAAUACAUUGAUAUAGUUAACUAAAAUACACAUUUUCACAAGAUUCGGCAGCUGCAAAGAGUUCGAUCUUGCUAAAUCAAGUAGAUGGAAAAUUUAGAACUGAACCUGUCAUCACUGGGUAUAAUUGCCAAACACGUUGAAAAAAGUCGCAACGAUUUGAGCAAGUAUUUGGCUAAGCAGAUAUGGAGUCAGCAGGACCGGCAGGGCAUCCUCUCGUGUCUCGCUCAGCUGCUGCUGGAGAAGGACUACACGCUCCUAAUCGCCCGGCAUCUUCGGCCCCUCGUCCUGGACCUGCUGGAGAGGAACGCAGAGAGAAUCAAAGCGGACGGUAGAAUAAACCAUGACCUUCAUGAACGGCUCUGCGUGGCUCUCAGCAAACUCCUCAACAUCAGCCCGGACGCUCGCGUGUUUGCGUCGGGGUACUUCCGCGAUGCGCCGCCGGUGUUUCAGAGGCUCUUCUUCACCAGCGCGGAGUCUUCCUCGGUGCAGUACGGCCCGCGGCGGAUGAAGCUGCGCGACCUGAUGGGCGCCACCCUUCGCUUCCUGCGCAGCGACUGCGCCAAGUACCGCGAGCUGUGGGACUGGAGCGCCUGCGUGUCCCAGCUGCUCACCAGCGACGUCGUGGUCCGCUGGUACACGGCCCAUUGCCUGGCUCUGGUGUCCCACAUGACAGACAAUCAGAAAACCAUCUUCCUGAGAAAGGUCCUGUCCAGUGAGGAGAUUCUCCACCUCAAAAUAAAGUCUCUGGAAGAGGAGCAGCAGAUGGAAGUAGAGAAGGCCCUGGUCCUAGCCAAUCAGGGCUCUGUGAUGUGGCGUCAGGAGAAAGGGAAUAAGUUCACGAGGGGCCAGGUGGUGUCAGAAGACCUGUCCCAGAAUGUUGUGGCUGUCUGUGGGGUGGUGCUGCCCAAGAAAACACUCAGACAGCAAGAGCCAUGCUACUCGAAGGAUCUGGUGCUGGUCAACUCAACGUGCCAGAAUCUGCGUAGGCUGGCCAUGGCCGUGGCGUCCCAGAAGGCCGUGCUGCUGGAGGGGCCGAUUGGAUGUGGGAAAACGUCUCUGGUGGAGUGCCUUGCUGCUGUGACGGGACAUGCAAAAGCUCCAGAAAUGCUCAAGGUCCAGCUUGGCGAUCAAACAGACAGCAAGAUGCUGCUUGGCAUGUAUCGCUGUACAGACAUCCCGGGAAAGUUUGUAUGGCAGCCCGGUACUCUAACCCAGGCUGUCUCCAAGGGUCACUGGAUCCUGCUGGAAGACAUUGACCAUGCACCCUUAGAUGUGAUUUCCGUGCUGCUUCCCCUGAUGGAGAACAGGAAGCUGAUCAUCCCGGGCAGGGAGGACUGCAUCGAAGUGGCCCCAGGAUUUCAGUUCUUUGCUACAAGAAGGUUAUUUUCCGGUGGUGGAGGCUGGUACAGGCCACAGAACACCCAUGCCAGUCUGUUGGACAAGUACUGGACCAAGCUGCAGAUGGGAAACAUGACCAGAGAGGAACUGAAGGAGGUACUGCUGAAGAGGUACCCAAACCUGACCCUGGUGGUGGAGCGUCUCCUCGACAUCUACUGCCACCUGACAGGACCCAAGCACCAGGCUCCCGAACUGACCCUGCAGCGUAACCAAGGAAACCUGCAGGAGCCACAGGUGGCCCAGAACACACUAGAAGAUGGGGCCGCAGGACUGGAGGGUAGAGGGCUGUCGCUUAGGGACCUACUGAAAUGGUGCGAAAGAAUCGCCAACAACUUCGACAGCGCCUCCUCCGCCACCGCACAGAACGUCUUCCUCGAGGCUCUGGACUGCUUCACAGCCAUGCUGUCCAGCCCAGAGAGCAGAGUGAGGAUGGCCGAGGCCAUCGGGAGCCGGCUGAACAUCUCCAGAGAGAAGGUCCAGCACUUCUGCCAUAUGUACCAGCCUGCCGUGAGCGUGACCGAGCUGGAAGCGGCCGUGGGCCGGGUCACCCUCGCCCGCAGACAGGCAGAGGCAGUGCGACUCUGCGUAGACAGGCAGACCUUCGCCGCCACGCGCCCUUCCUCUGUGCUCCUGGAGCAGCUGGCUGUGUGCGUGCAGAAGGGGGAGCCGGUCCUGCUGGUGGGGGAGACGGGCACAGGCAAGACCUCCACGGUGCAGUACCUGGCGGGACUGACAGGACACAGGCUGCGCGUGGUGAAUAUGAACCAGCAGAGCGACACGGCCGACCUGCUGGGGGGGUAUAAGCCGGUCGACCAUAAGCUGAUCCUCCUGCCGCUGCGGGAGGCCUUUGAGGACCUGUUCUCCCAGACGUACUCCCGCAAGCAGAACGAGACCUUCCUGGGCCACGUGCAGACCUGCUUCCGGGGCAAGCGCUGGCAGGACCUGCUCAAGCUCAUGGAUCACGUGUGCAAGUCCGCCCUCACCAAGGAGCUCAACAAGAAGCCUGACGUGGCCUUGCUGAAGGAGCAGUGGGAGGCUCUGGCCCUGAGACUGAGUCAGACCCAGCAGCAGAUCAGAGCCAGCGAGUCAGCGCUGGUCUUUGCCUUUGUGGAGGGAACUCUGGCCCAGGCGGUGAAGAAGGGGGAGUGGAUUCUGCUGGACGAGAUCAACCUGGCGGCGGCCGAGACACUGGAGUGUCUGAGCGGGCUGCUGGAGGGCAGCGCGGGGUCGCUGGUGCUGCUGGACCGCGGGGACACAGAACCCCUUGUCCGUCACCCAGACUUCCGCCUCUUCGCCUGUAUGAAUCCAGCCACUGAUGUGGGCAAGAGGAACCUUCCGCUGGGGAUCAGGAACAGGUUCACAGAGCUUUAUGUAGAGGAGCUGGAAAACGAAAUGGACCUGAGAAUCCUGGUCUCAGACUACCUGAAAGGCUUGAAUAUCCCCAAGAGUUCCAUCAACGGGAUCAUAAGCUUCUACCUGGCCGUGCGGAAGGAGGCCCGCUCCCGACUGGUGGACGGCACCGGCCACAAGCCACACUACAGCCUGCGGACGCUCUGCAGGGCGCUGAAGUAUGCUGCUGCCAACCCCUGCCACAGCGUCCAGCGUUCACUCUACGAGGGCUUUUGCCUGAGUUUUCUCACACAGCUGGACCGCAGCUCCCACCCGGUGGUGCAGAAGCUAGUGUGUCAGUACGUGCUGGAGGGGAACGUCAGAUGCCUGAAACAGCCUAUCCCGGAGCCCCCCGGCCAGCCAUGCGUUCAGAUGGAAGGGUAUUGGGUGUCCCAGGGAGAGAUGGAGCCGGCCGUGGACCAUAGCUACAUCCUCACCCAGUCUGUGAAGCUCAACCUGCGGGACCUGGCCCGGGUGGUGUCCGCAGGGACCCACCCGGUGCUGAUCCAGGGAGAGACGUCAGUGGGGAAGACCAGCCUGAUCAGGUGGCUGGCAGCAGCUUCAGGAAACCAGUGCGUGAGGAUCAAUAACCACGAGCACACGGACAUUCAGGAGUACAUCGGCUGCUAUGCCUCAGACAGCAGGGGGAGGCUGGUCUUCAGAGAGGGUGUUCUCAUUGACGCCAUGCGCAAAGGCUAUUGGAUCAUCCUGGACGAAUUAAACUUGGCUCCCACUGAUGUGCUGGAGGCUCUGAACAGACUGCUGGAUGACAACAGAGAGCUCUUUAUCGCCGAAACACAGGAAGUGGUCAAAGCCCAUAAUAGGUUCAUGCUCUUCGCCACCCAGAAUCCUCCUGGACUCUAUGGAGGCCGAAAGGUCUUGUCCAGAGCCUUCCGGAACCGCUUUGUGGAGCUGCACUUUGACGAGCUGCCCAGCGGGGAGCUGGAGGUGAUCCUGCACAAGAGGUGCAGUCUGCCCCCGUCCUAUUGCACCAAGCUGGUCAAGGUCAUGCAGGAGCUCCAGUCCCUGCGCAGGGGUUCCACGGUUUUCGCCGGAAAGCACGGGUUCAUCACCCUGAGAGACCUCUUUCGCUGGGCCGAGCGCUACCGUCUGGAGGAGCAGACCAACCCCUCCCACGAUUGGCUGCAACAUUUGGCUGACGACGGCUACAUGCUGCUAGCGGGCCGCGUGCGCAAGGCGGAGGAGGCGGCCACCAUUCAGAGCAUCCUGGAGAAGCACUUCAAGAGGAGGGUGAACCCAGACGCUCUCUUCUCUGACGAACGUCUCGCCAAGCAGCUCAGUCGCUUUGUGGAGAGCAUGGCGGACAUGCCCGAGGAGUUCCGGCACGUGGUGUGGACACAGGGCAUGAGGAGGCUGGUGGUGUUAGUGGGGCGGGCGCUGCGUUUCGGGGAGUCUGUCCUGUUGGUGGGGGACACGGGGUGCGGCAAGACCACCGUCUGCCAGUUGUUUGCUGCUCUGGCUGGGCAGCAGUUUUUCUCCCUGAACUGCCACCUGCACAUGGAGACGUCGGACUUCCUUGGGGGGCUGCGCCCCGUCCGGCACCGGGGGACAGAAGAGGCAGACAUUGAGGACGGCCGUCUCUUUGAGUGGCACGAUGGACCCCUGGUUCAGGCUAUGAAAGAGGAGGGAGUCUUCCUGAUGGAUGAGAUCUCACUGGCCGACGAUUCUGUGCUGGAGAGGCUCAACAGUGUUCUGGAGACGGAGAAGUCCCUGGUGCUGGCAGAGAAGGGCAGUGGGGACGAUGACGAUGUGGAGUUCAUCACCGCUGGUCCACGCUUCCGUCUCCUGGCAACGAUGAACCCAGGCGGAGACUUUGGGAAGAAGGAGCUGUCACCUGCACUCAGAAACCGCUUCACGGAGAUCUGGUGUCCCCAGAGCAACAGCCGCAGUGACCUGCUGCAAAUCAUCCAGCACAACCUGAGGCCUGGACUGUCCCUGGACCAGCGCGACCACCAAGGUGAAGACAUUGCGGAGCUCAUGCUGGACUUCAUCGACUGGCUGACCAAUCAGGACUUCGGGCGCCGCUGCAUUCUGAGUGUGCGAGACGUGCUGUCCUGGGUGAACUUCCUGAACCUGAUGUGCGAGCGGGGUGAGGAGGAGGAGGAGGAGGAGGAAGAAGAAGAGGAGGCAGAGUGGGACCUGAGGCUCGACACGGUCACUGCGUUCGUGCACGCGGCGUGUCUGGUGUACAUCGAUGGCAUUGGCUCAGGUACGACGGUGUCCGCGGCGGAAAACGCCGUGGUCGCUCGCCGGGCGUGCCUGGGGUUCCUCAGGAAGAGGCUGAGUGGGGUGGUCCAGCUGGACGAGGACAUGAUGGACGCCUUCCGGAUCUACGACCCCCGCCUGCCCAGGGAGCCACAGUGGGGGGAGGACUACUUUGGCAUCGAUCCCUUCUACAUCGUCACGGACCCUGAGGGUGAGGCUCGGGGCCUGGCGGACUACGCGCUGGCGGCCGGCACCACAGCCAUGAAUGCGCAGCGGCUCCUGCGGGCCCUGAAGCUCCAGCGGCCGGUGCUGCUGGAGGGGUCGCCCGGCGUGGGCAAGACCAGUCUGGUGGCGGCGCUGGCCAAGGCUUCAGGAAACCACCUGGUCAGAAUAAACCUCUCGGAGCAGACGGAUGUGACGGACCUGUUUGGGACAGACCUGCCUGUAGAAGGGGGAAAGGGUGGGGAGUUUGCUUGGCGUGACGGCCCCCUUCUGGCUGCAUUGAAAGCUGGCCACUGGAUUGUCCUGGAUGAGCUGAAUCUGGCCUCUCAGUCGGUGCUGGAAGGGUUAAACGCCUGCUUUGACCACCGGGCAGAGAUCUACAUCCCCGAGCUGGGCAUGAGCUUCCAGGUGCAGCACGAGAAGACCAAGAUCUUCGGCUGCCAGAACCCCUUCACCCAGGGCGGGGGACGCAAGGGGCUCCCCAAAUCCUUCCUCAACAGGUUCACUCAGGUGUAUGUGGAUCAGCUCUCCAGUGACGACAUGGAAUUCAUCGGUGACUCCAUCUUCCCAGCUAUCGAUAACCACAUCAUCUCUAAAAUGGUGCAGUUCAACAACCGGCUUGUACAGGAAGUGAUGGUGGAGAGGAGGUGGGGUCAGAGGGGAGGCCCCUGGGAGUUCAACCUGCGCGAUAUGUUCCGCUGGUGUCAGCUGAUGCAGGCCGACCAAUCGCCCGGCUUCUACAACCCGGGUCAGCAUGUGGGCCUGGUGUACGCCGACCGGAUGAGGACGGAGGCCGACAAGGCCCAGGUGCUGGCUGUUUUUAGGAAGGUGUUUGGCGAGGACUUUGAGCCUUAUACAGGCUCUCGGCAGUUCCACAUCACGCCCCUCAACCUACAGGUGGGGUACUCCGUCCUGCCCCGCAGCGGGGCCCCGCCCGUGGCCCUGGACCCCCCGCUCUCGGUGACCCACCAGGCCCUGCGGCCGCUGGAGUCCCUGAUGAAGUGCGUGGAGAUGGGCUGGAUGGCGGUGCUGGUGGGCCCCACAGCCAGCGCAAAGACCAGCCUGGUGCGCCUCCUCGCCCUGCUGGCCGGGCACCGCCUCAGGGUCAUGGCCAUGAACAGCGCCAUGGAUACCACCGAGCUGCUGGGAGGCUUCGAGCAGGUGGACAUCAUGCGGCCGUGGCAGCAGGUGCUGGAGAGCGUGGACUACAUGGUCGCCAUGGUGACGCGGCGGGGCCUGAUGUCGCUGGACGGGGCGGUGCAGGACACGGAGUUCCUCCUGCGGAACUGGAGCGUGUUUCGCCGCUGGCUGAAGGAGGAGGGGCUGGAGGGCUCCGAGGGAGGGGUCAGCUUCGAGGCCGUCAGCAAGCUGGAGGUCAUCCUCGUCCUGCUGCAGAAGCUCAACACCAAGCUGAAGGUGUUCACAGACAUGUCUAAGUUGCUGCUGGACUUCACGCUGCUGAAGGACAGGCUGGAGCCGCUGCAGGACGGGUGGAGCCACGGCGGCUUCGAGUGGCUGGACGGCAUGCUGGUGCAGGCCCUGCAGGCCGGAGACUGGCUGCUCAUGGACAACGCCAACUUCUGCAGCCCCUCAGUGCUGGACCGUCUGAACGCCCUGCUGGAACCCGGGGGAGCGCUGACCAUCAGUGAACGCGGGGUCAUCGACGGCACGACCCCGACCAUCACCCCACACCCCAACUUCAGGCUGUUCCUCACCAUGGACCCCGCCCACGGAGAGAUCUCCAGAGCCAUGAGGAACCGGGGUGUGGAGGUCUACAUCCCGGGGGAGCACGAGAGCACCUGCUGGGACGAGCUGGACCUGAAGACCCUGCUGCACACGGCCGGGGUGACAGGGGACUGCGUCUGCGACCUGCUGACCGCCAUCCACGAGGACGUCAAAGCCAGCAUCUGGGAUUCUCCGGUCUCCUCUGUCUCCUCCCUGCUCCACAUCGCCGCCCUGCUGUCCGGCCAGCUGCAGAGGGGGGUGGACCUGCCCAGCGCUCUUCAGCACGCGUGUGCAGAGGUGUACUGCCUCGGCCAGCGCACCGCCGCCAGCCAGAAGCACGCCCACGAGAUCAUCGAGCGGCAUCUCUCCUCGCUGGACUCGGGCGAGUGGGGGGGCGGGCUGCUGUGCGCAGGGGUGUGGCCCGACGGGCUCCCCUCCGCCCUGCUCUCCACCGAGGACUCGUGCUUCUCCACCGUGCUGAGGGACGGCCAGAUCCUGUCCUUCUGCCUCAACACGCUGAGCCUGCAGGUCCAGAGGAGUCGGCCGCUCAGCCUGAGUGACCUGCAGAGGGUGCUGCAGGGCGGGGCGUUGUUGGAGGGUCACCUGUUUGCGGGAGGCGGGGCAGAGGGCGGAGCCAGCGACGCCCUGCGGCUGCUCCCCACGGCGGUGAGGCUGCUGACGGAGAGAGCCUCCCACAGCGACUGGGUCCUCAGGACCAGCUGGCUCUCACACCUGGCCAAGAGCUACAAACACGCCCCAGACAUGGUGCUGGUGCACCUGGAGGCAGGGAGCAGGGCCCUGAAGGCUGUGUUCAACAGCAAGCUGAGUGGGAAAGGCAAGCAACUGACCGAGCUCCUGCAACCGCACAGCACAGACGACUACAGGAUUCUGGUGGACAUGCGCUGGAACAAGCAGUACCUGGACAUCCUGGCCAACACCUGUAAUUUCGAGGACGAGGAGAGGUACAUGGAGUUCAUGGAGGCACUAAAUGCAGUGGCUAACAGAAUAUCACUGCUGAUGGACAGAGAAGAGCAGGCUGUUGUAGGUGGUGCAGCUCUGAAGACGUCGCCACACAACAGCGCCCUGAGGCUGGCCACAGCCUUCUCUAAAGGGACCUUGGACCUGGGUCACCUGCCCCACCCGGUGCUGGUCCACCUGCGCUCCUUCUUUGAGAUGUGGGACUCGUUCGUGCUGCAGGCUGUGCAGACCGGCCAGCCCUACGUCUCCGAUUACCUCAUGUUCGAGGUCCUGCAGCUCCUGCGGUGGCGUGACCGUUUUUGGGACGUGUGUAACUCGCAGGCCCCCGACACCCAGGGCGUCUCCGUUCUCUCCCUGCACUGGCAGUGGGUGCAGAAGCACCUCAUCCACAGACUGCCCGAGCUGCUGCUGGGAGACGGCAGCUACGAAGGUCAGCAGGAGCUCCAGGCCGUGUCCACCGGCAUCCAGAGCUCUCUGUCCAGCUCUGCCUUCACAUCCUCAGCUCUGAAGACGAUACAGAAGACCCUGGGAAAACCGCUUCCUUUCAAGCUGGAGUCUGUGGCUGAAUGCGCCUCUCGCCUGAGGACCCUGAGCGGGGCGCUGGAUGUGACGGGCCUGCGGCUCGACAGCACCAUGGCCCUGUGGAGGCAGGAGGUGCUCCGCCUUCAGAGCGCGGUUCUGGGGCUGGACACUAAGGAAAGUCUGCUGGAAGCCUGGGGCCUAGUCCUGCAGGCCAACCACCAGCUGGAACCACAGAAUACAGGUGUUCUGGAGAGGCUUGUGUCCUGUGUGGAGCAGCAGCAGGGUCACAUGGCCUCCUGUGGCCUGCUGGAGCCCGGCCCGGGUUCGCUGGGCGAGGGGGACGAGGGGGACCGGGCCGCCCCGGGUCGGGACGUCCUGCAGCAGCUCGGCCGGCGGGUGCAGCUCUGGCCCCUGUUGGAGGAGCUGGCCCUGCUGAACCAGCUGAGGCUCACUGCGGACGUCCUGCAGCUCUCCCUCCCGCAUGGGGAGAGGCGCUCUGAGGACAGCCUGCGUCGGACACUAUCUCAGCACCUCCGGUUCUGCCUGCAGUCCACCCCCAUGAACCUCAGACAGCUGCGCGCUCUCUGGUACCUGCUGAGCUGUGAGCGGCCAGCAGAGGAGCUGCCGUUCAUCUGGUGUGAGCUGAUAUCUGAAACCCUGUCAGCAUUCUGGAGCAGCAGCGUGACCUCUGACCCUGAGCGCUGGCUGAAGUGGAGGCCCCUGAGUCCUGAGGAGCAGAAGACGCAGCGGUCGCUGCUGGGAGCAGCAGACACGGGUCCCGGCAUGGUGAGCCGGGCAGUGUGGUCCCGGUGUGUGAUGGAGGUUCUGUGCAGCAGUGAGGGAGGGGGGCGCUGGGACCCUGAGGGCGUGGCCCUGCUCUCCUCCUCCCGGGUCACUCUGGGGGAGUGGCGGGAGAGGACGUGCCAGCUGCAGGAUGUCAGCGCGUUGCUGUGGGACAACAUGGGCCUGCCCGCCCUGGCCGAGUUCAGGAGCACGGACCACAGGCUGCAGGGGUUGGUACUGCAGAGGCAGCUGCAGGGUCUGUGUGAGCUGCUUCCCCCGGGCCUGCAGGAGAGCUACACCGAGAGCUGCGAGGCCCUCACCGCUGGGGAGGACCCGGCGGCCGCCGCCCUCGAGGUGCAGGCUGCCCUCAGAGACGGCCUGCCCGCCCACCUGCUGCCCGAGGGCUUCGUCACCGCGGCGACCACCUGCCUGCAGCAGUUCGUGCAGAAUCGCGGCGGGGAGACGGGGCAGCUCGCCCGCUCGGGCGUGUUCUGGGUCAACAUGGGCCUGCUGCAGAUCCAGGUGUGGAGCCCGCAGACCAUCUUCGACCCGGCGGUGAAGCGGGCCUACAAGCUCACCUACGCCCAGGAGGAGCUGGCCUUGCUUCAGGAAGAGUGGAGGGGGCGGAGCCUGUCCUCCCAGCUGCUGACGGGGGCGGAGCUUGAGGAGAGCAGCACCACUGACUGCUUCCAGCAUCCGCGAAUCAGGUACCUGUGGAUCCGGAUGCAGCAGGUGAAGGAGCAGAUUGCGGAGCUGUCCCGGAAGCAGGCCUGCCGGCCGAGCGAGCCGCAGUACGAGCGCCUACACCAGGACCUGCAGCACUACCUGAGCAGCAUCGGGCAGCCGGCCGCCGUGCUGGGCCUGCUCUCCCACCUGCUGAAGGCUCUCCCCGGGCCGGGGGCCAAAUCGAGGCCGGGGACCCAGGGCCUGCUGAAGGAGGAGGCGGUGUGGCAGGCCUCACAGCACCGCUUCGCCCAGAGGCUGGCGGAGGAGUACCCCCUGUACCCGGACGUGGUGGGGCCCCUGAGGGCCGCCAUUCUGCAGCUGCAGCACGGCAUGCGGCUGGUGGCCUCCCGGCUCUCCGCCUCCCACGCCUCCGUCCCGGGCCUGCCAAGGCUGGUGUCCUGCCUGCUGGCCUUCCCCUCCCUCUCCCCCGGCCUGCCCUCUCACCUGGCCCGCGCGGACUACCUGUGCUCCCGGCCCUGCCUGGACGUGCUGAGGGAGCUGAGGAAGCAGCUGUCUCUGGAGGAGCCGGGCGGGGCGGUGCCCGAGCCGGCCACGCUGAUGCUCAGCGCCCUCCUGUACGUGCAGUGCCACGCCCUGUCCACGGGGCAGCUGGGAGACGACGCCCACAGGCUGUUCAGACACAUCUGUCAGGCGCUGGUGAACGAGUGGGACGAGCAGGAGCGCCGGGCGCGGGUGCGAGAGCAGCAGGAGGCCAGCCUGUACCGCAGCCGGAGCCGUCUGCACGGGACGGGCCUGAGCGAGGACGAGCAGGAGGAGAGAGACUUCCGCCGCAGCUUCCCCCAGUACGACAAGGACUUUGCUGACAUCACCUCCCAGCCUAGCCUGGAGCAGCCGGCGGCAGCGGCGGAGGCGGAGCAGGAAGUGGAGGCCGAGGCGGGAGAGGGCGGCUUCCUGUCCGCCGCCUGCAUGCACACCGUGGUGCAGGUCCACCAGCGGCUCUGCCUGAGCUUCUCCCAAUCGCUGUGGUACCAGAGCAGCACGCCGGCCAAUCACAGCAAAGACCACAUCAGCGCCCUGGUCUCGUCCUAUCAGAUAACGGCUCCGGUGAUGGCCCGCUUCUAUCAUCUGAUGGACUCAGAGAUGGACCUGCAGCUGGCUGGCACUCAGCUGCUCCUCAGCACCCUCCUGCAGAACACGGUUCGGGGGGCGGGGGGGCAGGACGGCCUGCGCCUGCAGGCUGAGGGGCCCUACGACUUCUACCAGCACCCCAACAUGAGCGAGGCGCGGCACUGCCUGCCCGUGCUGGAGCAGCUGGGCGCGGCCGUGCGGCGGCGGCUGGAGGAGUGGCCUGAGCACCCCGCCCUCAUGCAGCUGACAGUGGUGAUGGAGAGAAUCCUGUCCUUCAGUCUGGCCAGCCCUCUGGCAAAGUUCCUCAACGGCCUGGAGAUCCUGCUGAGUAAAGCACAGGACUGGGAGAACAACGCCAGCCGGGCUGUGUCUCUGAGGAAGGAGCUGGAACCUGUCACUCAGCUCAUUAUCCAAUGGCGCAAGCUGGAGCUCAACUGCUGGUCCAGCAGUCUGGACAAUGCCCUGAAACGGCACACGGAGAGAUCCACCAAACACUGGUUCUCCAUCUACCAGCUCAUCGAGAGACACCUACAGGAGCACGGUUCAGACAACACUACAGCAGGGGGCGAUGAGGAGGGCCAGGGCUUGUCCUCUGUGUCCUCCACACUGCAGGCCUUCAUGGAAGGUUCCACGCUGGGAGAAUUCCACACCCGUCUGAGCAUGCUCCUCACCUUCCACUGCCACCUGCUGCUCAUGCCCGCACAGCAAGGCCAAGCUCCUCUCUGCAGCCUCUUGUGGAAUCUGUACAAGUACUACUCCCAGUUCUCAGAGACGAUCCAGACCAAAAUCGGCCAACUACGGCAGCCCAUCGAGAAAGAGCUCAAGGACUUUGUGAAAAUCUCCCGCUGGAACGACGUCAGUUUCUGGUCCAUAAAGCAGUCGGUUGAAAAGACCCACCGAACCCUCUUUAAGUUUGUGAAGAAGUUCGAGGCGGCCCUCAGCACCCCCUGCGCCCCUAGCCUGGUGGAGCAGGGCAGCAGUGCCAGCCUGGACAGCGUGGACCCCAGCCCAGAGGAGACGCCCCUCCACAGGGUGCACCGCGCGCUCAAGAGCGCCCUCCCUGGGAGGAGCAGAGACCUGCAGGUGGACGACCCAGAGGAGGUGCCGUCCGGGCUGGAGCCUGCAUCCCUGCAGGGCCGGCUGUCCUUCCUCACGCGGAGGAUGAGGAAGAUGUGCGUGCAGCUGGUGAAGAAGAGUCCGCUGCCCGAGCUCUCAGAGGACCUGGAUCAGUUCACAGCUGAAAUCAUCACAAAUGUGAGGGAACUCCAGAGUCUCAGCGUUGACCAGUCAGCUGAGAAGGAGAAGCAGAGGUCAGAGGUCAAGCACAUUCUCCAGCAGAAGCAGCGUGCCCUCUCUGACCUCUUCAAGAUGCUGGCACAGAUCGGCCUCUCAUACAAGAAAGGCCUGACCUGGAGCAGGACGUCUGCCCCUGAGGAGACCCUGUGCCUGCAGCCGCUGGAGCUGUCCACCGCCCUGUCAGCGGUCAGAGCUGAGGAAGGGGCCGAAAGCGCGCUCUUCUCUGAGAUGUCCGCUGCGUGGGACGGGUGUCAGAAGUACUUCUACAGGUCCUGGGCCCGCCGGACCGCUCUGCAGACGGCACUGCAGGGUGCUGCUAAGGAGCUGGGCCUGGGUAAUAUGGAGCGCUGCAGGGGCUUUUCCUCCCACCUGCUGAAGCUGCUUUUGAGGCAGAGGAGGCGUCUGGCCCGGCUGACGGAGCAGUGGAUCCAGCUGAGGAGGAUAAUCCGCUGCGUCCGGGACGUCCAGGCCCAGCUGGGCGAGGGCGGGGAGGGGGGCGGGGCUCUCCCCCCUCAGGAGGCCCUGCAGGCGUGGACAGAGAGGGCGAGAACGCUGGCGGUGCAGUGCACCGUGGUCCUGGAGCAGCUGUCCUGGCUGCUGCAGAGCUGUCCCGAGAGGACCGCCCCGGAGGGCGGGGCCGAGGGCGAGGCCGGGCGGGGCGACCCCACCCUCACACACCCCUCCCCCCUGGACGUGCAGUGCCAGUCCCCCGCGGGCCGGAUGAGGCGGGGCGACCCGGCCUGGACCCAGCUCACCCACAGGGUGGCGGGGAUGAUGGCCCAAACCCGGGAGCUGAAGGCGGAGCUGGACCAGCUGGCCUCAGAGUCCAGAGGGAGGACGCUGCAGACCUGGACCCACUUCAGGGUGUGCAGCUCGGGGCUGGACCGCCUCGGCGCCGUGGCCGCCCUGAUGCCCGGGGUGGAGCAGCAGUUCUGCCCCGCCCUGCCUGAGGGAGCGGGGGGCUCCCGGGCGGUGCCUGCCAUCGCCCGCAGCCUGCAGUACGCCCGGGGCGAGGUGGAGGCCAGCCUGACCGAGUUCACCACCUGGAAGACACAGCUGCUCUCCCUGGGCCAUGCCCACGCUGGUGUGCCGCGGGCGUUCUCCUCGGAGUUCUCGGAUCAGCUGGAGAAGACCAUCAACAGCGUGCUGUGUGCGGUGCAGAGCCUGGUGAAGAGGAGGGAGGGGGUGGAGGAGGAAGAGCAGGAGCAGCCCCGGGAGGCAAAGACAGAAGAAGGAGAGGGGCCUGCGGAGGACCUGUUGAAGACGGGUCACCUGACCAAGCUGCUGGAGGAGGAGCUGAGUGCGGAGGUGUCAUCCCUCUCGCUGCAGGAGGUCAGCGGGUCGGUGGAGCAGCUCCUGGAGCGUCUCCGAGUGCACAGAGAGACCUGCACUCCUCAGCAGCUGCGGGAGCUGGGCGUGGCCUGCAGGUUGCUGGUGCGUCUGCAGCCCAUGCUGGAGGUGUACUCGGAGCUGGCGCGCUACUACCUGGCCGUGUCGCUGGGGGCCCACAGGAGCACCGGGAAGCUGCUGUCCGUCCUGGCCAGCAUCUUCACUGAGCUGGCCCAGAAGGGCUUUUGCCUGCCUCAGGACCUGAUGGAGGGCGGUGACGGGGAGGGGGCCACGCAGUUCCACGACUACGAGGGGGGCGGGAUCGGGGAGGGCGAGGGCAGCAAGGACGUCAGCGACAAGAUCGAGAACGAGGAGCAGGUGGAGGACACCUUCCAGGAAGGACAGGAGAAGAAGGAGGAGGAGGAGGACAAGAGAGACAUCAAGGAGGAGGACAACGCUAUCGAGAUGUCCGAGGACUUUGAUGGGAAGAUGCACGACGCCAACGACCAAGAGCCAGGCGAGGAUGAUGACGAAGAGUCUGACAAAGAGGAAGAGGAGGAGCUGGACAAGAGGAUGGGUGACCUGGGCGAGGGUCAGACCGAGACGCUGGAUGAGAGGAUGUGGGGGGACGAUGAGGAUGAGGAUGAUGACCUCGACGGCAGCGACAGAGAGGAAGAGUCUGGCCAGGGAAUGGACGAGGGGGAGUCCGAGCUGGUGGCCAAGGACGACAACCUGAACGCGGGAGACUCCAACAAAGAUGACAAGAAGAAGCAGGAUAAAGACGAGGGGCAGACAGAGGAGGAGGGGAAGGAGAAAAUUCAUGAGCAAAUCGAUGAGAGGGAGUUUGAUGAGAAUGAAGUGGACCCGUACCACGGCCAGCAGGACAGGAAGCCCGACCCCGAGGCCAUGGACCUGCCAGAGGAACUGAACCUGGACCAGGAGGAUGAGCAGGCUGGGGAAGAGGAAGGAGAAGAGGACAAUCCGUUCGACAUCGAGGAGAAGCCCAUGGAGGUGGAGGAGAAAGAGGAAUCAGAGAAGGAAGGAGAGGAAAACGGAGAAGGAGCGGAGGAGAUGGCAGAGGAGCAGCAGGAGGGCCAAGCGGAGGAUCAGGGCCAGGAGGAGGAGAAGACGAAGGAGGAGGGGGAGGAGGACGGGAAGGAGGAGGACAAGCAGUCAGACGCAGACGAGAGCGCGGAGAAAGAGGAGCCAGCCGAGGAGGAGAGGGAGCAGGGACACGAGGCAGGCAAAGAGGAGGAUAAAGCCAUCCCUGCUGACCAAGGCCAGCAGCCCAAGGAGGAGGAUGAGGAGGGCGCGGGAGAGGAUGAAGAGCAGCCGGAGCCUGCGGACAGGAAGGAGCACGAUGCGGACGGGCAGACGGGGGAGGAGAACGUGCAAAGCGACAUGGCGGUGGAGCUGGCCGGGGCCGCCUCCGAGAGGGACCAGGCCAAGGAGGAGCACGGCAGCGGGGCGGCGGAUGCCAGCCAGUCGGAGGGGCACGAGUCCAAGCUGACGGCGCGGGUCUCCCUGCAGAAACAGACCCAGAGCAAGACGCAGAGCUUCAAGCGGAAGCCCGGCCGGGCGGAUAACGAGCGCUCGACGGGCGACCACAACGAGAGGGUGAGCAAGCGUCUGCGCACGCUGGAGAGCAGGGAGACGCAGCAGGAGCAGCAGGAGCGCAGCCAGCCGCACGACCCGCAGCGGGCCGACCUGUACGAGCACAUCCGCCAGGGCGAGGAGCGCUACGACACACAGACCUACGAUGCUGCCAGUGCGGAGCAACAGAGACCUGCUGGGGGGGAGCAGGAGGAAGAUGAGGACGAGGAAGAGGACGUUGCCAUGCACACCGAGGAUCAGGAGGAGGAGCUGCAGGCUGCCGACACCCAGGAGCUGCAGCCAGAGCAGCUGGACUCCACCAAAUCCAAACGCAGAGGCCUGGAGAGUGGGGAGCUGGAGCCACAGAGACAGGGUGAUGAAGAGGAGGAUGAGGAAGAGGAGGAGAGGUCAGAGAGCAGUCGGGGUCUCAGAGACGAGGACAGACCUGAGCGGAUCUGGGAGUCCACUGUCCAUACGAUCCCAGAGCUGCUCAUGGACACACUGCAGCCUGCAGUGAGAGACCCGGAGGAGCUGCGGAGGGAGCUGGAGCAGCAGCUGGACGCGUGGCAGAGACAGACCCCUGGAGCGCAGGAGGAGGAGGGCGCGGCGGCGGCCAUGUGGCAGCAGUACCAGCUGCUGACGUCCUCUCUGUCCCAGCAGCUGUGUGAGCAGCUCCGCCUCGUCCUGGAGCCCACGCAGGCCGCCAAGCUCAAAGGCGAUUUCCGCACCGGGAAGCGGCUGAACAUGCGGAAGGUCAUUCCCUACAUCGCCAGCCAGUUCCGCAAGGAUAAGAUCUGGCUGAGGAGGACCAAGCCCAGCAAGCGAGACUACCAGAUCUGCCUGGCCGUGGACGACUCCUCCAGCAUGAUCGACAACCAUUCCAAACAGCUAGCGUUUGAGUCCCUGUCCGUGAUCGUCAACGCUCUCACUCUUCUGGAGGUGGGGCAGGUAUCCGUGUGCAGCUUCGGAGAGACGGUGCAGCUGCUUCACCCCUUCCACCAGCAGUUCAACGACCAAUCAGGAGCCAGGAUACUGAGGUUGUGUCAGUUCCAGCAGAAGAAGACCAGAAUAGCUCAAUUUUUGGAGAGCUCGGCCAGCAUGUUUGUCGCUGCCCGGCAGCAGCCCCCUGGCUCCAGCACCGCAGAAACAGCCCAGUUGUUGCUGAUCGUGUCGGACGGCAGGGGACUCUUCCUGGAGGGGAAGGAGAGAGUCAUGGCCGCCGUACAGGCCGCCCGAAGCGCCAACGUCUUCGUCAUCUUUGUGGUGCUCGACAACCCCAAUUCAAGGGACUCCAUCCUGGACAUCAAAGUUCCCAUCUUCAAGGGCCCGGGAGAGAUGCCCGAGAUCCGCUCCUACAUGGAGGAAUUCCCCUUCCCCUUCUACAUCAUCCUGCGGGACGUCAACGCCCUGCCCGAGACCUUGAGCGACGCUCUGAGGCAGUGGUUCGAGCUCGUCACGGCAGCCGACCAGUAGACCCCCCCCCACCCUGGGCGGGGGAGCACGGACCCGCACAGCAUCACUCUGCUGCUAGUCCUCCGAACGCAGAGGCUUCUGGGACACAUCGGCCGCUCGCUGUACAUGUGCCUUUUUAACCUGGAGUUAUUCUCUCCCUCGACUUUAGAAACUGAUAACAAUUGUCCUCUUCUGUCCUCUUCAUCUUUGUAAAACGAGGCUGAGGGAGAGAGGGAUUCCUGUUCCGUUCAUGAGUCAUGUUUAGUGUUUAAAAAAAAAAAAA